UUUCCGGUUUUGCUUCACCUCACAUUGUGCAGUUUAGCGCAUCUGGACCUGGCGUCUCCCUCCCCUCUCUGUCUCUGGGUGUCUCCCCCGUUGAAAGCCUGCACUUCUCGCCCAGGUGAGACAUUUUUGGCGUGCGUAAUUGGAACCGCAACGUGCCCAGAAGAUGACGGACUCCACACCGGCAGAAUCCACCGCCGUUUCGGACCCGGUUGUUGUGGAGAACGGGCAGUGCGAGAAGGAGGAAUCCCCGGAGCAGCAGCAGCCGCAGACAGACACUGAAAGUCGGGGAGAGGGUCUCAAGAUGGACCAGGAGAUGAAGAUAACAGACAGCUUGGACGACGGAGGUCUUCUGGAGAGCAGCAUGCGUCUGAAGCCUCAUGAAGCUCAGAGUUAUCGUAAGAAAGCUCUCUGGGUGUCCUGGGUCUCCAUCGUGAUCACACUCAUCCUGGCCGUCGUCUCUUUCACUGUGUCCAUCAUGCGCCACAGUGCUUCUGCUUUUGCAUUUGCUUUUGAUGCCUCCCUGGAUGUAUUGUCCUCUGCUAUAGUACUGUGGCGGUACCGCAACCCGUCAGCGGUCCACUCUGCACACCGCGAAUACCUAGCCUGCAUUAUCCUUGGAGUUGUUUUCAUCCUGUCCUCCCUGUGCAUUAUUGGUAAAGCCAUCCACGCAUUGGCCACCAAGGUGCUACCUGAAGUGGAUAGCUUCCUGUUCUCCGUGUCCAUCGUCAGCGGCUCGUUGUGCAUCAUCCUGGCUGUCAUCAAGUUUAUGCUCGGCAAAAAGCUCACGAGCCGGGCCCUCAUCACUGAUGGAUUCAACUCCCUCGUGGGGGGGGUGAUGGGGUUCUCCAUCCUCAUCAGUGCCGAAGUGUUCAAGCAUGAGCCCCAGGUGUGGUACCUGGACGCGACAAUAGGUGUCCUCAUAGGACUCAUCAUCCUCGCAUACGGAGUCAAGCUGCUGGUCGACAUGGUUCCCCGGGUCCGACAAACCAGGAACUACGAGCGCUUUGAGUGACGAAGAGGAAGAGGAGGGUUAGUAGGGGCUGAAGGACAGACUGACUGACAGACAUUGAGUCCUGGAGGUGCGUUCAGGCUACAGUGUCUGUACUCCAACCGUUCUCACAUCUGAGCCCAGGAGGACGCUGCGGCACAUUUUAAGUGUUUUCAAAUUUGGUGUACAUCUAAUAUAUUUAUGUCUUUUAACAGCCGUCUGUUCUCCAACGCCUCGUGUUUCAACUAAGGGGUUCAAGAGCUCCUUAGCAGCAACACAUUUUUGUACAGAGAGUAAAUAAUGUUCAGUACCUCAGUAAGUCAACACACAGCAGUUUAUUUUCCCCAUGGUUCCUAGAGGCCUUUGCUGUAAAUGUGAAAACGUGUGGCAGGCGAGAGAGAUGGAUGUAGCUGAUGUAGCACGGGGGGAUUCAUGGUGUCUCUUGUAUGACGAGAGAGGAGGUUAAAAAGCACAGAGGCGGAGCAACAUGUGACUUUAUUAAGACUGGAACCGAGACAGGGGCACUGUGUCAGAAACCCAACGCCAGCGCCAGCUUACAAGUCAUGGCUUACAAUUCACUGAGGGAACAUAUCAGAAACUAGCUUCAUGUUGCAACCUCUUUUGAUUUAUUUGUGGUGACAAAGUACAUUUACAUCUAGUGCCAUCUACUGAGCAAAAGAGGUACCUGCCACACACAGGGAAACAUGUGCAUCUGCAUCUAGUAUAGCACAUUACAGACCUGUAGUAAAUAUACAAACAAGCUUCUUUAAUACAAGAGAUAAUAGAGAUCUUAAUUCCUGCACACUGUCAGCACUAGAGGUUCAAGUCAUGAUUUGAGAGUAACUGCAUCAAUAAACGAUUAAGGACAUCCUUCAAAUAGGGAAAGAUAUGUCAAGUUGCAAAGAAAACAAGUAAAAUAAGGCAAAACAAAAUCUCAUUUUUUGACUCUCCAACACAACCACAGCGCUACAUUUUAAAAAAUACUAAUUUUGCAGGAAGCUAUCUUUGGGUAGCAUCAGAUUUAGUUAUGCUUUUGUAGGAUUUAUCUGGAGAAACUUUACAGAUCACUUGAUUAAAUUGAUUACUUUCUUUAUUUAAGGACUGUCCCAGUACGUUGUUGUUGCAGUUUUCCAUAUCCUGUUGUUUACUCUCAAUUCAAUAAUUAAUGUUUGAAGAGUUCAGCUGUCACAUCAGGUGGUUUGUGACAAACAGAGGCUUGUCUUCACAUGUUUGGUUUACUAAUUGGUUUAUCCGCUUUCAGUAAUUUGGUUUGUUUGUGCGAUUAAGUUGCUCAAAAUGUUAGGCAACCAUCACGCAGAGUCUCAGUGCUUUCAUAGAUAUUUGCAUUUUUAUGCUACAUAUAUUUAUGUAUUUAUUUAUUGUGUCUUUAAGCUAAUUAUUUAGAAGGUCCUAGAUGUAAUUUGGAGUCUUCUUGUCUUUAUUCCUGAUGGACUGUGACAGAAACGUAUCUAUGAUGAGCUGACAUUGUGCAGGUCGUUACGUUUUCAAAUUCAUUUUAAUAAAUUUGACACAGCUGUGAAUUACUCAAUCUUUAAAUUCAAGAUGAUACUGUGAAGGAGUCCACUUUCCAGCUACUUCACUCGCUCUGAUUGGAUCUUAUUGAUGAGAAGAAGCGCUUUAGACGUCUGUUAAACUGUGCUUUGUCACUUUUUUUUAAUUUCUGUUCUAUAUGAUAAAUGAUACUCCUGAUAGCAUGGACUCAUACUGCAGCGAUGGUUUCAGACAACAGUCUUUAUCUGGCGUCAAGAGUAGAAACAUGUCCUCUCUUAUCUGGAGCUGCUGUUUGUUGGGGAUUUAAAAGGGAUUUUGCUGAUUAAAGUAAAUUGACUUGUGGAGUAAUCGCAAUACAUUGGAUUAAUGUUGGAGACAACUUUGUAAUAGUGUGUAAAUGAUUAAAUCCCAGUGUGAAUCUGUAUUAAAGCAAACCACUUUAGAGUUUACUGAAGCACAGUGGCUAAUCUACUCCAAGGCAUUAUUUAGUAAAGUGACCAUCAUGUAAAAACCCCUGACUCACUAACCAUGUUUGUUCCUGUGUGAAUCCAGAGCCUUAAUGUUACUGCUCAGUGUUUGGUGACUGUUGAACAUGAAUGUAAUUAUCCGCUGUUUUGAUUGUCAUGAACGGGAGUGUGUUUCUGCAGUGGCUGUAACUGAAUGUACACACUGUGCUGUGAGACUAAUGUGUUCAGCCAAUUACUGUGUACACUUCACGGUAUAACAUGUAACAUUAAAAUGUCUAAA